ACGAGCGCGAAGUCACUUCCCAACUAACCACAAGUAGCGCUCACAGCCUGGAAAAGUGCCAGUGCCGAUUUCACCUGCUUCUCUGGAUUCAUACAGUUGUUCGCACAGGCAUGUGAGACCUGUGUAUUUGUCGCUUUCCUGCAAAGAACUUUGUCCGGGGGAUAUCUGCGAGAAGGAAAAAGUUGUUUCAAGUCGUUAAGCAUUCAAUUAUAGAGAGAACUUUUUCCAGGAUGUUUUGGAAGACGCAGAAGUAAUAAAUGGGAGAAUUUAAGAAAUGGAUCCUAUUGCGAUGAUAUAAGUGUUCUUGCUUGACAAGAUAGUACCUUUUUCCACCUUCUUCAUAUCAGAUAUUACUUAUUUACCUAUUAUUAAAAGUAUAAUUUUAUUUUUCAGAAUGCAUAUCACAGUGAAAAAGAAGUAACAAAAUGCCAAAAAUUGUCAUCUAUAUCAUCUUUUCAUUUACUUUUCUCACUUCAGUAUGGGGCAAAUGUCCACAGAACUGCGUUUGUGACUUCGACAGUGAAGACCGUAAACGAGUAUCAUGCAAUCGAGGCGGACUGACAGAAAUUCCUACUUUACACAUGGAUGUAGAUAUCCAGGUACUCAUCAUCACUGCACCACCAAACCAUUACAACGAAUUGACACUUGGAAGAAUUUUUCUUGAUUUUCAUGAACUAGAAGAAGUGCGGAUAACUUAUUCGAAACUCCCUGCUAUAGGAGACAGCUCAUUUUGGCCAGGAAAAAAAUUAAAAAUUCUUGAUCUUAGCCACAAUAAUAUCACUUUCAUUCGAGAUAAAGACUUUUUCGGUCUGCAAAAUCUUAAAGUCCUUGAUCUCAGCUACAAUGGAAUAGCAGCUUCACCAUCAGCCCCGUUUAGACUUCUUCCAAAUCUUAGAACUUUAUCUUUGGCAAGAAACAAACUACGAACUCUAGUUCCAAGGCUCUUCUAUAUGCUCGCAAAACUUGAGAAACUUGAUUUAAGUGGAAAUCCUCUGAGAGAACUUGAUCCUGAAAAUUUAAAGGACGUCAGGCCUCUUAAGAGAUUUCAUUUGGCGAAAUGUCAAUUAGUUAGACUCCAUUCCCUAAUAUAUCAACAGCUUCCUAAUUUAGAGGAAUUGGAUUUGAGAGAUAAUUUCUUCACCUACUUCUCCCCAGAAGAAUUCAGACAUUUGAAAAGAUUAAAGUACCUUCAUUUGGAUGGUAAUAAUUUAACUGUCGUCGUGGAGAAUACUUUUGAUGGUCACAAUUUAAGGCAUCUUGGUCUUUCUCGAAAUAGAAUAAUUAAGUUCUCUAAAUGUGCGUUUUGUAAUUUAUCAAUUCAGCAACUGGAUGUCUCCUACAAUCAACUCAUUACCUUACCUCUUGAUGUGUUUUCUCCAAUAGCUCAUUCUUUAGAAAGUUUGGAUCUUAGUUUUAAUCCAAUCGAUUCAGAUGAUUUGGAAUUGGCCCUCAGUCCUGCUUACAAGCUGAAAAGAUUGUCCUUAUCUGGAAUGAAAUUAAGUCAACUGUCAGACGACGCUUUUUUCAACAAUGGAGAACUGAAAACUUUAGACUUGUCAUACAACUCAUUCGUAAAUAUUUCCAGCCAAGUGUUUCAGCCGCUGCGACAAAUCGAAGAAAUUGACCUCUCUCACAACGAAUUUGAGCAUCUGGACAUUGAGUUCUUGGAGCAAACACAAAAUAUGACAUCUCUGAGUGUUUUACAUUUGCACUCAAACCCAUGGUCCUGCCAACGCUGUUCCGUCCUGCCUCUUUUGAAGUGGGCUCGACAGUCUCCAUUAUACAGCAGUACUUGUGACAUGAACUAUGAAAGUACCACUUGUAUGAGAUGUGCUACCCCACCUUCGCUGGAGGGUAGAGCGCUACAUUCUCUCAGAAGAGUUGACUUGGAACCUUGUGCAAGCCUCAUGCCGCAAUCUCGGGUACUAGUGGCUUCAUCUAACAUUGCCAUCAUUGCCACCAUAUCAGUAGUUAUUCUUUUAAUCAUAGGUAUUGUCAUUUCAGUUGUGAUUUACCGACAGCAAAGUGCAGUGUAUUACACUCACGAAGGAGAGAGAACCCUUACUUUAGGUGUCCUUGGCUAUCCUGCCGAGUAUGCUAGCACUAAUGGAGGAACAUUAACAGAAGACAAGAGAAGAGCAUAUUUCGUCACCUUAGACAGAAUUGAUGAGCUUGCAGAGGAAAAGAUAGUAGCAGGAAGAUCCAUAAAUUAUAGUUGAAAAACUAUUAAUACUUGAAUUUUACUGUCAUCGUCUUUUAAUCGAUCACAAAAAGAAGUUACUGGGUGAAAUGCUCUUCGAUGAGAAAUGCUUUGCAUUUAAUCCAGUAAUCACAAUUUUAAGUGAAAUAUUUGAGCUAGUCUUAUGUUUAUUUCAUAUGAUAAAUAAUUUGGAUAAAUAUUUUAUAAUUCCCAAACAUGACAUACAUUGUGCUAUGAACUGUAAAAGUUAAGUCUACGUCUCUAAUAAAAAAUUAUAUUCCAAAAUCGAUACUAAAAUAUAAUGAUCAGAAAUUCUGGAGGAAACUGAAGAGAAAUAUUGAUAUAAAUUGAAAAUUCUUUUUUUUUCCUAGAAAAGACGAAGUUAAAUAUACCCAUAUCAUCUAAGUAAAUUUUCAGUAGCUAAGCUUAGUUUUUUUAAUUCAAUAGAUAUUAAGAUAAAAAUAUAACAAAUUUAAUAGUCACCUUGCUUGUACUUGAUAUUUGCAUAUGAUAAAAAUAAUUUUCCUUUCAUGUAUUUGUUGUUAGGUUGCUUCUCUUUCUAUGAGCAGUCUUUCUUCAACUUCGUUCGAUCCAUAGAUAAAGUAAUAUUUUCUGUGCAAUACAAAGGUUAUUAACGAGUCCAUUUCACAAAUUAUGUUUUUAACAUUUUCACUAAACUAUUUGUGUUAAUUAAGAUUUAGUUCAGACAUGCUUUUGAUAAAAGAUUAUUUAUACGCUACUUAAAUCAAAACCUUGAUUUU